CCGGCGACACCGGAAGCCUGACGGGGACCGUUUCGGGGACGGACUGGCUAACAGACCGUUUUCCCGGGGGCGGAAGGUGAUCUCCGCCCGGCUUUAGAGUCUGGACGCCCUGGCCCUAUGUAGGAGUUAAAUAGCUUCCGAGGCUUCCAACUCCUUUAUUCAGACUUCCACCAACGCAACUGCAUUAUUUCCAACAUCCUUUUCCACAUUCCAUGACAAGAAUAUCCUAGCUGCGGAGGAACACAGAAUUGGGAAUCGGAAAGCCUCCUGUAUUCUAGUCCUAUCAUUAACUAGCGGAAAAAUAUGAACCAGAAGUUACUGAAGUUGGAGAACUUGUUACGAUUUCACAUUGUUUGUAGGCAUAGCCUGUGUCAAAGAAGAACAUUAGCACAGUGGAGGCAUAUGUUUUCGUCUGCUUACCCGGUGUGGACCGCUCAGCUGUAUGCCCGGCCCUGGCAAACAGAUGCACUCAUCAGGGCUGCUUUAUCUCAACAUAGGCUUCUGGUAACAAAGAAGGAAGAAAGUUCACAGAAAUCUCAAUUAUCUUCAAGAAAAUCUAAAAAGGAGGUGGAGGUAUGGAUUGGAAUGACUGUUGAGGAGCUGGCCAGAGCAAUGGAAAAAGACAUAGAUUAUAUAUAUGAAUCUUUAAUGAACACUGCUGUUGACAUAGAUUCACUAGAAGCGGACUCACAUUUAGAUGAAGUCUGGAUCAAAGAAGUGAUAAAGAUGGCAGGAAUGAAGUUAAAAUGGAGCAAAUUAAAACAAGAAAAAGUCAGAGAAAAUAAAGAUGCAGUAAAAAGGCCCCAGGCAGAUCCAGCUUUAUUAACCCCAAGGUUCCCAGUUGUUACUAUAAUGGGCCAUGUUGAUCAUGGGAAAACGACGUUACUUGACAAACUGCGAAAAACUCAAGUGGCAGCAAUGGAAGCUGGAGGCAUCACUCAGCACAUUGGUGCCUUUCUUGUCUCUCUACCUUCUGGGGAAAAGAUAACCUUUCUUGAUACUCCAGGACACGCUGCUUUCUCAGCAAUGAGAGCCAGAGGUGCUCAGGUCACUGACAUUGUCAUAUUGGUUGUAGCUGCAGAUGAUGGAGUGAUGAAACAAACUGUAGAAUCCAUUCAGCAUGCCAAGGAUGCUCAAGUUCCUAUUGUCCUUGCCAUUAACAAAUGUGACAAACCUGAGGCUGAUCCUGAAAAAGUGAAAAAAGAACUGCUAUCUUACGACGUGGUGUGUGAGGAUUAUGGAGGCGACGUUCAAGCAGUGCACGUUUCUGCACUCACGGGAGAUAAUAUGAUGGCUUUGGCAGAGGCAACAGUCGCUCUUGCAGAAAUGUUGGAAUUGAAAGCAGACCCUACUGGUCCAGUUGAAGGAACAGUAAUAGAAUCUUUCACAGAUAAAGGAAGAGGUCCUGUUACUACAGCUAUAAUUCAAAGAGGAACUUUGAGAAAAGGCUCCAUUCUGGUUGCUGGAAAGAGUUGGGCAAAAGUACGCUUAAUGUUUGAUGAAAAUGGAAAAACAAUCAACGAGGCCUAUCCCAGCAUGCCAGUGGGAAUUGUAGGUUGGAGAGACCUCCCUUCUGCAGGAGAUGAAAUUCUUGAAGUAGAAUCUGAGCCAAGGGCACGUCAAGUUGUUGACUGGAGGAAGUAUGAGCAAGAACAAGAGAAAAAUAAAGAGGCUCUGAAAUUAAUAGAAGAAAAGCGAAAGGAACACCAGGAAGCACAUCGGAAAGCCCGUGAGAAGUAUGGCACUUUGCACUGGAAGGAGAUAUCACUUAUAAAAUACAAAGAAAAAAAACAGCAGCAACCCUUAAAGCUAAAAGAGAGAGUAGAAAGAGAGUCAAAUGUACUUCCUGUAAUUAUUAAAGGCGAUGUUGAUGGUUCCGUUGAGGCCCUUUUGGACAUUAUGGAUACCUAUGAUGCUUCACAUGAGUGUGAACUAGAAUUAGUACAUUUUGGUGUGGGUGAUAUUAGUGAAAAUGAUGUUAACCUUGCUGAAACAUUUCAUGGUGUUAUAUAUGGUUUCAAUGUGAAUGCAGCCAAUGUUAUACAGCAGUCAGCUGCAAAAAAAGGAGUAAAAAUUAAACUUCACAAAAUCAUCUACCGUCUUAUUGAAGAUUUGCAGGAGGAACUGAGCAGCAGAUUGCCCUGCAAUGUGGAAGAGCACAUAAUAGGUGAGGCUUCUAUACUAGCUACCUUCUCUGUAACAGAAGGGAAGAAAAAAGUUCCUAUAGCUGGCUGCAGAGUCCAAAAGGGACAGUUAGAAAAACAAAAAAAAUUUAAAUUAAUCCGUAAUGGACAUGUUCUUUGGAAAGGCUCAUUAAUCUCACUGAAACACCAUAAAGAUGAUAUUUCAGUCAGCAAAACUGGAAUGGACUGUGGUCUCAGUUUGGAUGAAGAAAAGAUAGAAUUUAAAGUGGGGGAUGAUAUUGUUUGUUAUGAAGAAAAAGAAGUUGUAGCCAAGACGUCUUGGGAUCCAGGAUUUUAAAAUUACAUUAAAAAUGUAAAUAUUUUGCUUUAUAGAGCAACUAGUUUUGUUUCACUGAAGGUAGUAAUUCACCACUACUGGUCAAAAAGUACCAAGCAGUUCUACCAAGUGUUAACAUAUACAACUGUCAAAAUGCUUCAGAAAUACGAAACCUUAUUUAACGAAGUCUACAACUAGUAAUCCUGAAAUAAGUAAAAGAAUGUGGUUAAAGGAACUUGUUAAUUAUCAGUGUACCAUUAAAUCUAAUACUUAGAGACUGUAAUAAACUUCAAGUGCUUGCUUUAGUUCAGUGAUACGAAGAGAAGCAAUCCCCUCUGAACUCUGCUCCAUAGGCAAAAUAUGGUACCAGUCAAGUAUUAUGAAACCUUAUUUCUCAGUGUCAGCAGUACCAAAGAGCAAACAUUAGAAUUUAAAUUCCUGAGUUCACGCUCAACACUGAAUAAUAGUGUUCUGUUGCACUGCAGACUGUAAAUGUCCAGCCAAACCACCCCAGAAAUUCAGGCAAUUUAGAGUUCAGCCUUUAAACUUCCUCCAUAUGAGGCAAGUUAAUUGUAGCAGCUUUUCAGGCAAGGUUAUAAGGCCAAUUCACACAAAUGAGGUUUUCUCAAUCUCGGAGGGAGGGUAGUCCCCCACCCCAUACCCCCAAAGGUCAUUUAGAUAUUUUUGGUUGUGGGGAGGGGCGGUGUGCUACUGGCAUUAAGUGGGUAAGAAGCCAGAGAUGCUGUUCUAUCAUCCUGUGAUGCAAGAGAGAGCCUCCACAAAAAGAGUUACCGGCCCAAAUUGCUGAGGUCAAAAAACUAACAAACCAGCUUAUAUUCAGACAGCUACUAUUAAAUACAACAUAAUUCUGGCCAAGUGUAGUUUUAUCAAAAAAAUACUGUGAUCAAUUUGAUGCCUAAAAUCCAUUCUUCAAAUCAUUAGAAUAAAAUUCCAGUUAAAUGUUAGUUCAUGUCUUUUUAUUAACUGAUAAACAAUUACUUGUCUUCUGGUUUGUUGAAACAAUAGGUCAGACAACAUUUGCCACAAUAAUGUCUGUCAAAGUGGCUA